GCGCAGCAACAAAUGAAGUGCGCGCUGCGACACCUCCCAGCUCUCCGGGCUCGGCCGCCAUUUCCUCGCCAGGCCUAACGGUCCGGCCAAUCCCAGCGCACAGCGAGAAGGACGGAAGCUCCGCCAAUCGGAGGCCGCCGAUCCGACCCUUCGCCUCAGCCCGGCCCAAUCCAGGCUCCGGCCCGUCGCCCCCGGCCCGCCCCUGUGGCGCCCUCUCUCCUCCCUCUUUGUGCGUCUCGCGCCGCCGCCGCCGCCCGCCGCGUGAGAGGAAGGGCUCCGCGCGUUCCGCGGCAACGCAGUCGAGUCCCCUCCCCCCGGAAGGUUCGCUAAGGAGAAGCCGCCGCCGAAGAGGAGCCGCCGGUGCGGGUCCCCGGGGGCGCCAUGGCUACCGGAGCGAAUGCCACGCCGCUGGGUAAGCUGGGCUCCCCCGGCCUUCCCUCCCUUCCCGGGCCUAAAGGGAGCUUCGAGCCGGUGCCACCGCCUGUCCCCGGGCCUGGGGCGGGGCUGCUGGUGCCCGGGCCGCCGCCUCCUCCGCCCGUGGGGGCCCUGACCGCGGCCUUCCCCUUCGCGGCGCUGCCUCCUCCUCCACCUCCGCCUCCCCCCCCGCCGCCGCCGCCGCCACCGCCGCCGCCCUCCCCGGGCGCCUCGUACCCGCCGCCGCAGCCGCCCCCUCCGCCGCCGCUCUACCAGCGCGUGUCGCCGCCACCGCUGCCGCCACCCCCGCCGCCGCGUCAGGACCAGCAGCCGGGCCCGGCCGGCGGCGGAGGAGGAGACUUCCCAAGUAAGAAGCGGAAGAGGAGCCGCUGGAACCAAGACACAAUGGAACAGAAAACGGUGAUUCCAGGAAUGCCUACAGUUAUCCCCCCUGGACUUACUCGGGAACAAGAGAGAGCUUAUAUAGUGCAACUGCAGAUAGAAGACCUGACUCGUAAACUGCGCACAGGAGACCUGGGCAUCCCCCCUAACCCUGAGGACAGGUCCCCUUCCCCUGAGCCCAUCUACAAUAGCGAGGGGAAGCGGCUCAACACCCGGGAGUUCCGCACGCGCAAGAAGCUGGAAGAGGAGCGGCAUAACCUCAUCACGGAAAUGGUUGCUCUCAACCCCGACUUCAAGCCACCUGCCGAUUACAAACCUCCAGCAACACGUGUGAGCGAUAAAGUAAUGAUUCCACAAGAUGAAUAUCCAGAAAUCAACUUCGUGGGGCUGCUGAUUGGGCCCAGAGGGAACACGCUGAAGAACAUAGAGAAGGAGUGUAACGCGAAGAUAAUGAUCCGGGGGAAAGGGUCUGUGAAAGAAGGGAAAGUUGGGCGCAAAGAUGGCCAGAUGUUGCCAGGAGAAGAUGAGCCACUUCAUGCCCUGGUUACCGCCAACACCAUGGAAAAUGUGAAGAAAGCAGUAGAACAGAUCAGAAACAUCUUGAAGCAAGGGAUUGAGACCCCUGAGGACCAGAAUGACCUGCGGAAGAUGCAGCUUCGGGAGCUGGCUCGCUUGAAUGGGACCCUUAGGGAAGAUGAUAACAGGAUCUUAAGACCCUGGCAGAGCUCAGAGACCCGCAGCAUCACUAGUACUACAGUGUGUACCAAGUGCGGAGGGGCCGGCCACAUUGCUUCUGAUUGCAAAUUCCAAAGGCCUGGUGACCCGCAGUCAGCUCAGGAUAAAGCUCGGAUGGAUAAAGAAUAUUUGUCUCUCAUGGCUGAACUGGGUGAAGCUCCUGUGCCAGCAUCAGUGGGCUCCAGCUCUGGGCCUGCCAGCACACCUCUGGCCAGCGCACCUCGGCCUGCUGCUCCCGCCAACAACCCGCCGCCACCGUCUCUCAUGUCUACCACCCAGAGCCGCCCACCCUGGAUGAAUUCUGGCCCUUCAGACAGCCGGCCCUACCACGGCAUGCACGGAGGUCCUGGCGGGCCUGGAGGCGGCCCCCACAGCUUCCCACACCCGUUACCCAGCCUCACAGGUGGGCACGGUGGGCACCCCAUGCAGCACAACCCUAACGGACCCCCGCCUCCGUGGAUGCAGCCGCCGCCGCCGCCGAUGAACCAGGGCCCCCACCCGCCUGGGCACCAUGGCCCUCCUCCAAUGGAUCAGUACCUGGGAAGUACGCCUGUGGGCUCUGGGGUCUAUCGCCUGCAUCAAGGAAAAGGUAUGAUGCCGCCACCGCCUAUGGGCAUGAUGCCGCCACCGCCGCCGCCACCCAGUGGGCAACCUCCUCCCCCGCCUACUGGGCCGCUACCCCCAUGGCAACAGCAGCAGCAGCAGCCUCCACCACCCCCUCCGCCCAGCAGCAGUAUGGCUUCCAGUACCCCGUUGCCAUGGCAGCAAAAUACGACGACUACCACCACGAGCGCUGGCACAGGGUCCAUCCCGCCAUGGCAACAGCAGCAGGCGGCUGCCGCAGCUUCUCCAGGAGCCCCUCAGAUGCAAGGCAACCCCACUAUGGUGCCCCUGCCCCCCGGGGUCCAGCCGCCUCUGCCGCCCGGGGCCCCUCCCCCUCCGCCGCCUCCGCCACCUGGUUCCGCCGGCAUGAUGUAUGCCCCGCCUCCCCCUCCGCCGCCUCCCAUGGACCCUUCUAACUUUGUCACCAUGAUGGGCAUGGGGGUGGCAGGCAUGCCGCCCUUCGGGAUGCCUCCAGCUCCCCCACCGCCUCCACCACAGAACUAGACUCGGUUUUUUAAGGAAAUAUAUAUUAUAGAGAGAAUUGGUCUUGUUUAAACACACGCAGAACCUCACCAUAUGGAGCCAGACAUUGGGACGCACGCAUGUGAUAGUGUGCACGCAUGUGUGUGUGUGCACGCACCGGGCUGGGCCAAGUGACUGAGGACGGGCAGGUGGUAGCAGGGGCGCCAGCUUGGGCUUUCCUGGCGCCCCGUAGCAUCGAGUGUCUUCUUUGUCUUUCUCUCCUCACCCAACUCCCUUUGCCUCUCCCCAAACCGGGCCGCCAGGAUCCCUCCCCGCAGCAGCGAUGGCCCGAGCCAUGAGAGUGAGGACUUUCCGCGCCCAUUGGUGACCCUUCCAGGCAGACAGCCUCAGCAGCGCCCCUGGUGGACAGGAUGGUUCGGCAAAGCAGCCUGAGUUAUUUUUGUGGACGGAAUCGGAACACGCUGGCUCCAUAUUGUGAAAUUUUUAUUAAUUUUUUUCUUUUUCCUUUGUUAUUUCCUUAUCUCUUCCUUUCUUCAGACUCCGUCCAAGGAGAUGCUCUCCCCGGUCUUCUGCUGCAAUCAGAUUACUUUUCCUUUUCUCCAUUCCUCACUCUUCUCUUUCCAAGGAGAGAGGAGCAAAUGGUUUUAGGCCACGGCCUUGGCCACUAACACCAGGCUAGUUUGGACGGGGGUGUUCCUUUGGUUCUAAGAUUUCCAAGGUGCCAUCGCCACCCCAAGAUGAUGACUUUUUAAGUGGGAUUUUGUGUCUGCCGCCCUCUGGUAGUGGCUCAAUCUCCAGGUCCUGACACCCCCGCCAGCCGCCGGGUGGCUGCCCAGCCACCUGGGCUUGUCUGCCAGACCAGGUCGUUCCACUCCCCCGAGCGCCUAGGCCGCCUCAUCCAUUUGUUCCUCUCCUUCCUGGAAGGCUUCCUCUAAGUUUUACUUUAAUUCCAAACGUCUGGCUGUUUUUGCAGUGUCUAGGGUGUUGAGCCCCUUGUUUUUUCGUUCUGCUCCCCAACCCCGUCCCUUUUCAUGGAGUGAUUAUGUUGACAAUAAUGUAUAACGCGCGUUCUCUUCACUGGUUUAUCUGCAGAAAUUUCUCUGGGCUUUUUUUUCCAGUGUAUGGUUCAACACUGCGUUGAAGGGGGAUGUUCCAUUGAAUAAAAGAGCAGUGUGGU